AUUCUGAAGUCCAUGUGGCUCCUCACAGUGAACAAGGUCUUAAGGAAAAUGCAGAGACGCCACAGCAGUAACACGGAUAAUAUUCCACCUGAAAGAAAUCGCAGCCAAGCACUCAGCUCCGAGGCGAGCGUGGAUGAAGGGGGCGUCUUCGAGAGUCUGAAGGCAGAAGCCGCCUCCCCGCCAGCCCUCUUCUCCGGCCUCUCCGGCCUCCCGGCAGGCAGCCUUCCCGCCACCCAGUUCCCAUCCAGCCUGGUGCUGGGGGCCUCGGCCGGCGGUGGGGACGUGUUCAUCCAGAUGCCCGCGUCCAGGGAGGAAGGCGGGGGCCGGGGCGAGGGGGGCGCCUACCAUCACCGCCAGCCCCACCACCACUUCCACCACAGCGGCCACCGGGGGAGCUCCCUGCUGCAGCACGUGGGCGGGGACCACCGCGCGCACUCGGACGAGGGGGGCGACGAGCCGCCCAGCACUCCCGCCCCUGCCCUGUCGGAGCUGAAGGCUGUGGUCUGCUGGCUCCAGAAAGGGCUGCCCUUCAUCCUGAUCCUCCUGGCCAAACUGUGCUUCCAGCAUAAGCUUGGCAUUGCCGUGUGCAUCGGGAUGGCCAGCACCUUUGCCUACGCCAACUCCACGCUCCGAGAACAGGUUUCUCUGAAGGAGAAGAGGUCAGUGCUGGUCAUCUUAUGGAUCUUGGCCUUUCUGGCGGGGAACACCCUAUAUGUACUCUAUACGUUCAGUUCCCAGCAGCUGUACAACAGCCUCAUAUUUCUAAAGCCCAACCUGGAGACCCUAGAGUUCUUCGACCUGCUGUGGAUCGUAGGGAUCGCGGACUUUGUGCUGAAGUACAUCACCAUCGCCCUCAAGUGCCUCAUCGUGGCCCUGCCCAAGAUCAUCCUGGCCGUCAAGUCCAAGGGAAAGUUCUAUCUGGUCAUCGAGGAGUUGAGCCAGCUGUUCCGAUCACUUGUCCCCAUCCAGCUGUGGUAUAAAUACAUCAUGGGUGAUGACACCUCCAACAGCUACUUUCUGGGAGGGGUCCUCAUGAUCCUCUACAGCCUCUGCAAGUCCUUCGACAUCUGUGGCCGUGUGGGCGCAGUUAGGAAAGCCCUGAAGCUUCUCUGCACCUCUCAGAAUUAUGGCGUCCGGGCCACUGGGCAGCAGUGCACAGAAGCCGGCGAUAUCUGUGCCAUCUGCCAGGCCGAGUUCCGGGAGCCUUUGAUCCUCAUGUGCCAGCACGUGUUCUGUGAGGAAUGCCUCUGCCUCUGGCUGGACCGCGAGCGCACCUGCCCACUCUGCCGCUCCGUUGCCGUGGACACCCUGCGCUGCUGGAAGGACGGGGCCACUUCUGCACAUUUCCAGGUGUAUUAGGGCCAAAGCACUGGCACGCCCAGGGAGAUGGCGGAGGUCCAGUGUCGUUGGGUCCAGCUCUGCGGACUUCUGGGAAAACAGGCCGUAAGAUGGACCUCCCCGCCUCCCGCCUUUCUCCACCUGCUCCCCUAAAGCCAGGCCCCUGGCCUCCCCACCUUCACCUUCCUCUCGAUCUGGGGUCCGGUGUGUGCAUCCUUCCCCUCCAAAGAGGAAACCUCCUAAUUCAGACUGGGUCUCCUCCCAGGUAGGUCUCCUACCACCUCCAAGUCAAGGAACCGGGAAUAGUCAGGGCCCCACCUGUCGCAGCUUGUUUUAAUUGGAGGCGACCAAAAUAUCGGAUGCUGCCACCUGGGGCAGGGCCUAGAGAUCACUGCCUCCCCCCAGAUAGCCCAGGUCUACAGAUUAGGAUCACUGUGAAGUCUUUUUCAAACCCAAAUGCCGGGCCCCACCUUAUACCGACAAUAACUUAGUGUAUCGGACAUUUAGAGUGAGCCAGGCAUGGCAUGGCAUCGAGCGUCCUGCCUGGGUGACCUCCUGUGAUCCUCACAACAGCUCGGGGCUUGUUUCCUCCAUGGUCCAGCUGAGAAAACGGAGGCACAGAGCUCGGUGUGGUAGCUAUGCCAGGGUCACCCAGCUAGCAAUGGUGAGUGGAGUUUCCAGCCCAGGCCUGCCUGGCUUCAGAGCCCGCACUCUUAACCACCGUGCUGACCCGCUGCUCAGACACUGCAGGCGUGGGGCCUGGCAAACGUGUUUUUUUUUGUUUUUUUUUUUUUAAAAAAACACAAGAGGCGGUUUUGAUGUCCACGGUGGCCCAGGUGCACUCAGAAUGUUAAUGGUGAAUGCUAGCUCCUGAAACCGAACUGUGGCUGGGCCCCCAGAAAGACAUGGCCCGAAAAUGGCUAUUUUCCCAAGCUCUGGGCUGGGUGGGAUUGCUCAGUCGUGUGUGGGUCCCCAAAAGGCCAGCUUCGGCCCAAAGGCAGAUACCACUGGGUCUCCACACCCAUCUGUAUUUCUCUCCUCCUCCUAUUCUUGUCCUCUCCCUCUCUGAAGUCGCAGGCUUGUCAACAGCCCCUUUGAACGUCACUUCUCCCCGGUAGCCUUCAGAGCAAAAGGGACGAUCUACGUUAUGGAUUUGUCCACAAGCCAGAGUGGUGGCAGAGAGCACAAAAGCCCUCAGUGUUUCUGUAAUCUCUGUAACAGCUACCAAUCUCCACGACGGAACAGCCUCCCUCCCUGCUUUGAAAUCUGGGAGAAGAUGACAUAGGUGAUCACAUAGAAGCCCCGGGAAUCUUGCCUGCCCUACCCCUCUCCCAACUCUCCUCUCUCAUUGUCAACCUCAGCACAACAGGCUGGCGCGGCGUUACAGAGAAAGCAAUCUGGGUGGCUGUGAGCGGAUUAGCAAGAAAGCCCCAGAAGAAAUGGUGGGAAUCUUGCUGCCACCCUGCUCUCAGACAGUAUGAAUAUGCCCACACCCCAUCCCCAGUAGACUCAGGACAUGUGCCCGUCAGUGCAAUCAAGUCAGGACCUUUUUUUUUUUUUUUCCCCUGACAUCCCUGGCUCUCUUCUGGUACCCAGCAAGACAUCCCUUCCAGGGCAGCGUGGCAUCUUUCAAGCUCUGUUACUAUGGCAAUGGCCGUGAUGUUACAAUCCCACUUGCCUGGAUAAUCAAGUCGGAAGGGGAAGCGGAGGGAAAUAGGACCUGGUGGACGUGGCUGCUCUGUCCCCCUUACACACACACACACACACACACACACACACACACGCACAUGCACACACACAUGCGCGCCUUGAAGAAGAACCAAAGGCAAGCAACAGGAGCUUCUGCAGCUGGUUUUUAUCAGAAAGCUCUCCCUGCCUGCAGAUGCCAUCAAAGAGGCGAGAGCCAUUGGGAGCUGGAGAAGGCUUAUUAGAGGGACAGCGUGUGAAGGGGCAGAUACAGCGUUCUCUUGGGAAUCAGGCCUGGAAUUCUGAUGCUAAACUGCACGACUUCAAGAAAUCACUUCACCUCCCUGUAGCCACCUCCAGGGUGACGAAAACCUAGUGUAUUAUCUCCUGGAUCCAGGGCAACUAACAAUGUUGACUACUGGGGAAUACACCCAUGGUUUUUGUCAGUUACACUCAUGCCACGCCAAGAAAAAAAAGAGUCUGGCAUUCUGCAAAGAACAAGCCAUGCCUCUGACAUGACAGCUUCACAUGUAGGAGACACUCUGGGCCAGGUGGGAUGAUGUAGUUUAGGAUUUUAUUUAUUUAUCCCCUGCCCUCCGGGGAGAAGUCCUGUUCAGAGAUUUUCUUUCGGAUGGGAGGAUUUCACUUCUGCUCUAGGGAGGCACAGUGGCCAGUGCAGGGUUUUCCAAACAUCAGCCCGUGUGUGUGUUCCCCAACACAAGUGUCCCAACAGCCAAGAGUCACCAUUGGGGAGAAAGAACAAUGCCAGUCUCCCUCACCUGUCUUGGCGCUGAA